AUGGGCCUUCCGAUGGCUUCCCUGGACCCCAAGGUCCACACUACUGCGGCGUGGGAGCAGACCGCCUACGGCAGGGAUAUUGUGGAGGCUCACCACCAGGCCUGCUUGCACGCUGGCAUCAAGAUCGCAGGGACAAAUGCCGAGGCCGUGCCCGCCCAGCGGAAAUUCCGAAUAGGACCCUGCGAAGGAAUCGAAAUGGGAGAUCAUCUCUGGGUGGCCCGUUUCAUCUUGCACCGAGUGUGUGAAGACUUUGGAAUGAUAGCAACCUUCGCCCCCAAGCCCAUUCCUGGGAACUGGAAUGGCGCAGGCUGCCGCACCAACUUCAGCACCAAGGCCAUGCGAGAGAACGGUCUGAAGUACAUUGAGGAGUCCAUCGAGAGGCUGAGCAAGCGCCACCAGUACCACAUCCGAGCCUAUGACCCCAAGGGGGGCCGGGACAAUGCCCGGCGCCUUACUGGAUUCAACGAAACCUCCAACAUCAAUGACUUCUCGGCCGGCGUGGCCAACCGCAGCGCCAGCAUCCGCAUCUCCCGGGCUGCGGGCCAGGAGAAGACUGGCCCCUCUGCCAACUGUGACCCCUUCGCGGUGACGGAAGCCCUCCUCCGCUCGACCUUCUCAACCAAACUGGCAACUGGCGACGAGCCUUUCCAGUACAAGAACUAA